AUGUCUCAAGAAUUUACUGAUGCUGUUAAAGCUUCCAUGGGUCCAAAAGCUACACCAAAGGCUAAAAGAAUGAUUUCUUCAUUGAUUCAACAUAUCCAUGAUUUUGCCAGAGAAAACCAAUUAACCACUGAAGAAUGGUUAUGGGGAGUUAAUUUCAUCAAUAGAAUUGGACAAAUGUCAGAUGAUAAAAGAAAUGAAGGUAUUUUAGUAUGUGAUAUUUUAGGAUUAGAAAGUUUAGUUGAUGCUUUAACUAAUGAAUCAGAAAAUUCAACUCAUACUUCAUCAGCUAUUUUAGGUCCAUUUUAUUUACCAAAUUCACCAGUUUAUCCAAAUGGCGGGUCCAUUGUCCAAAAAGCACUUCCAACUGAUGUAAGAUGUUUAACUUCUGGUAAAGUUACUAGUGUUGAUGGUAAACCUUUAGCUGGUGCUAAAAUUGAAGUUUGGCAAUGUAAUAGUGCUGGUUUUUAUAGUCAACAAAAGGAACAUGAUGGUCCAGAUUUCAAUUUAAGAGGUACUUUCUAUACUGAUGAUGAUGGUAAUUAUUCAUUUGAAUGUUUAAAACCAACUUCUUAUCCUAUUCCAUAUGAUGGACCAGCAGGUGAUUUAUUAUUAUUGAUGGAUAGACAUCCACAUAGACCAAGUCACAUCCAUUGGAGAGUAUCUCAUCCAGAAUACCAUACUUUGGUUACUCAAAUUUAUGAUUCUGAAUGUCCAUAUACCAAGAAUGAUUCAGUUCAUGCUGUCAAAGAUGAUAUUAUUGUUGAAUUUAAAGAAAGAGAUGGUGGUUGGUAUUUGGACUAUGAUAUUUCCUUAGCUACCGAGGAGUCCAUUAAAAGGGCCAGAGAAAACAAGAAAUAA